GAGAUCAUAGUUUCAGGAUCCUCAGGAAACCCUGGUACUGGCAGCAGCCAGCCUCUGCUGUGCCCACAUGACCCACAACUCUGGCAGCGGACCCGGCACUUCUAACAUUAUUAAAUAAUAAGAAAGCAGCUCCUACUCCAUGCCCGAACCUCCCUACAGACCAAUGGACACCUUCUAAGAGUUUGGCGAGUCGGUGACUGAGGCGCCCGUCCAUUCCAAGAGCAGCGUGAAUGAGAAAAAAAGAGUAAAAGGAACUAAGGAAGGAGCAAGGAACAAGAGCAAGUUCAGGCGGGACCUCACAGCCAUGAUAAAUAGAAUUUACCAGUCCCUGGAUGAAGUGCUUGGGAAGUCUUUAAAUGCCAUAGUCAACUGCCAUUUCAGAGAAAAGAUAGAUGGUUUUGGAAAGUUCAUGCUGUUUCUUCAUUGAAUUUUAGAAUGAUUGAAGAUAGUGGGAAAAGAGGAAAUACCAUGGCAGAAAGAAGACAGCUGUUUGCAGAGAUGAGGGCUCAAGAUCUGGAUCGUAUCCGACUCUCCACCUACAGAACAGCAUGCAAGCUUAGGUUUGUUCAGAAGAAAUGCAAUCUGCACCUGGUGGACAUUUGGAACGUCAUAGAAGCGUUGCGGGAAAAUGCUCUGAACAACCUGGACCCAAACAUCGAACUCAAUGUGGCCCGCUUGGAGGCUGUGCUCUCCACCAUUUUUUACCAGCUUAACAAACGGAUGCCAACCACUCACCAAAUCCAUGUGGAGCAGUCCAUCAGCCUCCUGCUUAACUUCUUGCUGGCAGCCUUUGAUCCGGAAGGCCAUGGCAAAAUUUCAGUAUUUGCUGUCAAAAUGGCUUUAGCUACAUUGUGCGGAGGGAAGAUCAUGGACAAAUUAAGAUAUAUUUUCUCAAUGAUUUCUGACUCUAGUGGGGUGAUGGUUUAUGGACGAUAUGAUCAGUUUCUGCGAGAAGUUCUCAAACUACCCACAGCAGUUUUUGAAGGUCCUUCCUUUGGUUACACAGAACAAUCAGCUAGAUCCUGUUUCUCUCAACAGAAAAAAGUCACUUUAAACAGCUUCUUGGACACCCUCAUGUCAGAUCCUCCCCCGCAGUGUCUGGUUUGGUUGCCCCUUCUGCAUCGACUGGCAAAUGUAGAAAACGUCUUCCAUCCAGUUGAAUGUUCCUACUGCCACAGCGAGAGUAUGAUGGGAUUUCGAUACCGAUGCCAGCAGUGUCACAAUUACCAGCUCUGUCAGGACUGCUUCUGGAGGGGACAUGCCGGUGGUUCCCAUAGCAACCAGCACCAAAUGAAAGAGUACACAUCAUGGAAAUCACCCGCUAAGAAGCUAACUAAUGCGUUAAGCAAGUCUCUGAGCUGUGCUUCCAGCCGUGAACCGUUGCACCCCAUGUUCCCUGACCAGCCAGAGAAGCCACUCAACUUGGCCCACAUCGUGCCGCCCAGACCUGUAACCAGCAUGAAUGACACCCUGUUCUCCCACUCUGUCCCCUCCUCAGGAAGUCCUUUUAUUACCAGGAGGUUACCUGAGGGGAUAAGUGUAUCCAGCCCUGUGGCUGAGGAGCAUUCCCUCAUAAAGCUGUAUGUAAAUCAGCUUGACCACAGCACACGUAUGCUUGAGAGUUCAAACCGGCUUGAUGAAGAACACAGGCUGAUCGCCAGGUAUGCAGCAAGACUGGCAGCAGAGUCCACUUCGUCUCAACCAACUCAGCAGAGAAGUGCUCCUGACAUUUCCUUCACCAUCGAUGCAAAUAAGCAACAAAGGCAGCUGAUUGCAGAACUAGAAAAUAAGAACAGAGAAAUCUUACAGGAGAUCCAGAGGCUGCGGCUGGAACAUGAACAAGCUUCUCAGCCCACUCCAGAGAAGGCGCAGCAAAACCCCACUCUUCUGGCAGAACUCCGGCUCCUCAGACAGCGCAAGGAUGAGCUGGAACAGAGAAUGUCUGCUCUCCAGGAGAGCCGGAGAGAGCUAAUGGUCCAGUUAGAAGGUCUCAUGAAGCUACUAAAGACCCAGGGAGCAGGUUCUCCUCGCUCCUCCCCCAGCCACACCAUCAGCAGGCCCAUCCCCAUGCCCCUCCGGUCGUCAGCCUGCUCCACCCCGACUCACACGCCUCAGGACUCUCUCACAGGAGUAGGGGGAGAUGUACAGGAGGCAUUUGCACAAAGUACAAGAAGAAAUUUAAGGAACGACUUACUAGUGGCAGCGGAUUCCAUCACUAACACCAUGUCCUCUCUUGUGAAAGAGCUGAAUUCUGAGGUGGGGAGUGAAACAGAGAGCAAUGUGGAUUCUGAAUUUGCACGGACUCAGUUUGAGGAUCUGGUUCCAUCACCAACCUCUGAAAAGGCUUUUCUAGCACAAAUUCAUGCCCGGAAACCGGGGUACAUUCACAGUGGAGCUACCCCAAGCACUAUGCGCAGUGAUGUAGCUACAGAAGACGGGGACCCCUAUGUGCGGCCCGAGGAUGAGAACUAUGAAAAUGACUCAGUCCAGCAGCUGGAGAAUGAGCUCAAGAUGGAGGAGUACCUGAAACAGAAGCUGCAGGAUGAAGCCUAUCAGGUCAGCUUGCAAGGUUGAAUACAAUGUCCUUUUAUCACUCUCCUCUCAAGCAAGCUAUAGUCAGACAGAUGAUGACAAUAACACGAAAGCUGGUGAUGAAGGGGAGUGCUGCACCCACCCACACAGAGGAGAAGACAGCAGCCUGACAGCAUCCUCACCGAAGAGAGGAACCACCACACGCAGCAGCUCCUGACAGACCCACCCCCCCACACUCCUAAAGACGUGUUCUGCUGACUAUAGUGCAGCUAACUUUUUGUUCUAAGAUUUGUAGUUCAUAAGUGUGUGUUUUAAGAAGGAAAAAAAAAAAAAGACUUCUGUUCAAAGCUAACUUAUCAGCUACAUCCUCUGUAACAUAGCUCAUCCCUGGUUAAAAACAAACAAAAAACCACAGGCUGAAAACCCAUGCUGCUGUUACUCAUGAUGGCAGUAUUAACAAGCAUUUAAAAACUUUGCACAUGAUAUUGAUCCUGUUCAGUUUACAAUGACAAUACUAAUACUGUUUAUAGCUAGAAGUUUGAUUUCUGAAUUCUUUGAGAUUUUAGCAAAACAGUUUAUUAUACAAUGUACAUUUUUUUUUCCACAGCAGUUGGGAAAAAACAACCACUUGCAAUUAUUCCCUGACCCUGAAGGAUUUGGUUCCUGAGUGUACAAACUCAGAGCCCAGAAGCCAAGAAGGGCCUUUGGCCUGCAUGGUCUGCAGUUGUGUCCAAGUCUCUGUGAGCAGUGACUUGAACCAAACAUCAGGAUAAUCCAGUCUCUGGGGCUUCUUUCCAACUUGAGGUUGUUUUCUUUCAAGAUACUCUAAUGAAUCAGCCAUAGAAUUUAGUGUAAAUAUUUUUUCCAAAUAGAUAUCAUAUUCAAAAAAGGCAACAUUCAAAUUAUAUAGAAUCUAGUUUUUAAAAUCAGCACAGAUCUUCUUAAAAAAAAAACUGUGAACUAUGUUUUGAAAUACUCGUUACUAAAGCUGUUUAUAAACCACAGGUGCCAUAAAACCCCCAAACAGACUAAAGUGAUUUCUGCUCUUCCACAGUCUUGUUCCUCUUGUCUUAGCUUUAGGGAGCAUGUCUCUAACAGCACCGCUCAUCCACAAGUUCCCCUAUCAGGUUGUUUGGAGGCCUUCAGCUUUAAAUGUACAGGCUUAAAGUGCGCUUGCAAAAAUGUUCACUCUCCUUUUAUUUCUGAAUGUUUAUUGCCUUAGCUGGCUACUUGGUGUUCUGCAUGCAGCCUUCUGUGGUCAUGUGAAAGGAAACAGGCUCUUCUAAGUUAAAUUGGGAUUUUGCACUCAUGCAAAAGCUGAUGUGCAAAAGAACUGUCAAAGACGGAGAAUGAAAUGCUCUGUUGACGGUCCUUUAUUAGGGCCUUCUUUGGGGAGUGCUAAAGGCCUCCCUUAGGGAUUCUUGGGAAAUGAAAAAAAUAACCUAUUUUUUCAAGGUUUGAUGAAAUAAAAAUCCAGCAACAUAUUGGAUACAUUAUACUUAAAUUGGUAGCCUCUCUGGAAUUCCUGCUUUUCCUUUAAAAGAGACAACAGUAGUUCUCAAAGUGUGUUCCCUGGACCAAAUGCAUCAGCAUCACCUGGGAAUUUAUUUAGAAAUGCAAUUCUUAGGCCCCAAUCCAGGCACACGAAAUUAGAAACUCUGGGGGAUGGGCUCAGCAAUCUGUGUUUUAAUAAACCCUCCAGGUGAUUCUGAUACACGCUAAAGGUUGAGAAGCACUGCUUUAGAAUAAAGUUGUAUAAUGAAAUCUCUGAAAAGGCCUUAUUCUGAAUAAGCAAGAAAGGUUCUGAGUCAACCUCAAAGCUUCAGCGAUUCGAAUUUGCUUCCAGGGCUGGCAAAAACCUCCCACUCACACAGUCAGUAGUGGGUAGGUGCCCAGCUGAGAACAGACAUCAUGUCAUCUUUCAGCUCCCUCUCCAGAGGGCUCUAAGAUGUUCCUGUCUCUGCAUUUGGUCAGAAACCAUCUCCUUGGCUGCCCUUUGGAACAAAAUCACUUGCCUUUGGGACAGUAAAGCUCUUGGUUGGCCUUAGCAAGGAGACCAUUCUGUCCAUUGAUGUACUUAAUCAUACUUCCUUCGAGAGAAUGUCCCUGAGAACAGGCUGACACCAAAGUGGCACAACUGCACAGUUCUCAGAUUUCUUUGCACAGAUGGAUUUUAUUGCGGGUUUUGUUGGUAUUUCUUAAUGUUCAUCUCCUUUCCACUGCCCAUCUUCUGUGAAACCAUACCUCUCUAGAUGGAGCAGGUGGUCCGUGGUGCCUCAUACUCAGUACUUAAAACCACUACAUCCCAGUUACCUACAUUGCCGUCAGCUCUAAAUCAUAGCCAGGUAGUUCUUGAACUCAGAAUCUCUGCCCCUGCAAGUGACAUUCAGCCACUGACUGGACCGAGCUGACAUCUGUUGUCACUUUAUGUUUCUACAUUAAAACGUUUGUCUAAGGUUUGAACUGUUUUGCUGAUAAUCUUCUCCCUUGUCAUAGCUUUGAUUGCCAGCUCCGUCACACGGUUGUUGAUACCAUCAUACAGAGCCAUUGCAAGGACUCUGGAAACUGCUGCCAAUGACCAAUUCCUGACUAACCAGCCACCUUUUCUUUCUCUUAGCUCCACGUCAGCACUGAGACCAGACUCAAGCACCCUUGUCCUGUAAUCGAGACAAAAUGGCGUGUAUUGUUUUGGGUUUUUGUGUUUUUUGGUGGGUUUCUUUCCUUGGCUCUCCAAAUUUACUUUUGGGGCCUGUUCUAAGUGCAAACCCAGCAGGUCUUACCUGUCCUGUCCAUUGGAUACAAUUAUAUCUUUCGAGGGGUGUUUCUUUCUUGUUCCACAAUGAAUUUGCACAUCCGUCUCCAUCAGAGAUGAUAGCCUAUUAACGAGCACUGGUCUAACAGCCACCCCUCCUCCACAGCACCAUGUUAAUGGAGGUAGAAAGGAGGGUGGAAUCUACUGUAUGGGAUUCAGGAAUCAGUUACGGUUGGUCAGGAUGGAAGUUGGGGUAAGUUUGGUUGGUCAGAGGGAGAUGUGCUGGAGAUUGUGAAAAAUGGAUUCUCAGAUGAUAAGGCAGGGAAGGUUCAUUUGUAAGUAGUAAUGUGAACUGAAAUGCAUAAGAGUGUGGCCUUUGUUAUGAUAGAGUAUGUAUUUUCUUAUAUGCAUGAGCCAAACUGUUGCAUCAUAAUUGAGCACUGAUGUCUGCUUUUAUUUUGAUCAUCUUUGUCUACCCUUAUUAGUUCUUGGCUGUUAACUGUAGAUAAACCUUGUAAAUACGGCAACUUUUGGUUGCUGCAAUGAAUCACCUUGGUUUGAUUCCAUGCAAAGAGCCACAAACAAGAACUCCACUGUGUCCUCAGAAGAAAGGGCAUUUUUACUUUUGAACCAAAAAGAGAAAAAAAGUCAGAAGCAUUACAUCUUGAGGCUAUUUAACUAUAAGACAUUUUUAAUUAUGACUACUGUAAUUUGACUCCAUUUGAAGUAACCAAUUCAGAGACCCUAAAGAUUUCACAAUAUUCAUUGGUAUUGUAACACAACUACAAUCGUAUAAGUUUUUGUAUUGCUGUUAAGUAUUGUUUUGUGUGUGCGUGUGUAUGUGUGUGUGUGUGUGUUGGAACCUCCUGGGGACAUGUUAUAUUUUGAAGUGAUUAAACUAUUUAAUUGUGUGUCUAUAUUUUGGAAUGGAAUUAUUUCUUCAUUAAAAAAUGUUUUUAAAAACACUA